UGGUUUAUGGAAGACGAUUUAGAGGCCGAACUUUUGGCUGUCACUUCAAAUCCUACAAACCAGAAUACUCAAGAAUACGAGGAGGAACUCUCUGAAAACUUUUAUUCUGGAGACUCAGAAAGUGACGUUGGUGAGUUAGAAGAAUAUGAGGAAAAAUUUGAGGAAAACCACGAAGAGGCUGAGAGAGACUCAGACGACGAAUUCGUACCAAACAAAAGUUCAAAAAGGAAGAACUCUACUGGGAAAGGUAAAAAGCGUGGAAAAGACAGUAAACAAGAUAGAUUUUCCCCAAGUACUUCGCCUUCGUUGAAACGGCCUAGACCACCUUCCCACUUGAAAAAGUCGAGUAGGAGAAGCCGUCACGUAGAAGAACAAAGAAUCUUUUAUGAAGACGGCUAUGACGAAUAUGGAUUCGGUGAUGACAAAGAUGUUUCAAGACUUAUGGGCCUUAGUGAGGUUGAAAGAGAAGCAAUUUUGGCAGAAAGACUGGAAAGAAGAGAGCAGCUCAAACUUGAGAAGGAUAUUAAGAGAAGAAUCGGAGAACAAGCAGAGGAUACGUCUCCUACUGCGGAGCAUUCUCAGUUAUCUGAACGUCCAAGAAGGGAGAGCGAAAAAUCCAGGAAGAAGAGAGCUGCUUUGGAGUCACUCGCAAUACAGAAGGGAAAACAGCGCGGGCUUCAUAGCUAUUAUCAGGAUCUCUCCUUCAGUGAAGAAAGUUCGUUAUCAGGGGAUAUUUCAGAGGGAGAAGAAGUAUCACAGCAUACAAUGGACAGGCGACAGUUGAAAAAGGAUUUUGAGGAAAGACGUAGACCGAUUAUGUACAGCGAUAUCGUCAGUGAAGCUGGUAGAACGACUCCAAUGUUUUUCAGGAGACAAAUGUUGGAAAUGUUCUUAAGCAAACCAUUUUUUGACAAAAUGAUAGUUGGCAUGUUUGCACGUCUAUCAGUCGGAACUGCACCGGAUAACCCGAACAUCCCAGUUUAUAGACUCGUUCGUAUUGCAGGGAUUCAUGAAAGAGAACCUCGUUAUAAAGUCGGUGGUCAAUAUACCAACAAGCGGAUUAUUUGCCUAUUUGGUUCGGUGAAAGGUGAAUUUUCCAUUGAGAGAUUUUCAAACAAACAUCCAACGGAGGCAGAGUUUGAUCGUUGGUUUAAACAAAUGAUGAAUGAUCGAGAAACUAUACCGACCAAGGACGACGUGAAUUACCUUAUAUCUUUGUCAUUAGAUUACAGGAAAGGAAAUAUUCAAGUUAGCGAUGAAGAAUUACAAAAGCAUAUUGAGAAAUUUGAAAAGUUGAAUCCAGAGCGUGUCAAUUACGUAGCGAAGAAGAAUGAGAUAUUAACACAGAUUACUUUUUUACGGGAUAAUGGUGCAAGUGCUGCAGAAAUUGCUGAUUAUGAAAGGAAACUGGUUGAAAUAGAAAGAUUGGAAGCCAAGUAUCAUCGUAGGCGACUGGAAGAUAUGGUCGACGAUAGGAUGAAAUCUCUUGCCAGGAAGUCGAAAGAAGAGAAUGCAAGGAUGGAUUCAGAGAGAAUUGAGAAGCAAAUAUCGAAAGAUCGACUUCCUUCCGAGCUGAAUCCUUUUUCGAGAAGAACUUCUCGUGGUAACACUUCUUACUUUACUAUAGAUAGAAAGGGAAGUGAAUUGGACUUGUCGCAGUCUUUACAAAAUAAGGAAGAAGACUUUAAAGAAAAUGCUGCUAUAGAGGCAGCUCUAAAGAUGGUGGAUCAUCCGAAGGAAGACGCCGUUGACUCUGUGAAUCCUGUCGAAAUUGCAGAAACUGUAAAUGUGAGCUUGGACGAUUUGUUUGAUGAUACAUUUUAGUGUCGGGUUGAGGAAGAGUUUAUUCUUGUUGGAUAU